UCAAUCAUACAUGCUUCUAAAUAUUUUUUAUAAAGUUUUAGAAAAAUACAUAUUAUUAUAAUCUGCCCCACAAUUUUUUACAAAAAAAAAAAAAAAUAAACAAAUAUCGCCAGUGUUGACGGAAAGUCUUCAGAAAAGAUCGCGACAGCAAGUUUUUAGGUGAGAUCCCAACAAUGUCAGAUAAUGAAAGUGAGGAGGAAGAAGUGCCAAAAGGACCUGUGGAAAAUGCCUGGGCCAUUAAAAUACCAGAAUUUAAAAAAGGGGAGAUGAAAAGUCACCUACUAGAAGAAAGUUCAUUCUCCGUACUUUUCCCAAAAUACCGAGAGAAAUACCUCAAGGAGUGUUGGCCUUUGCUUGUAAAAACACUAACUGAAUAUGGAAUUAAAACUGAGCUCGAUCUUAUAGAAGGAAAAAUGACUGUAUUCACAACAAGGAAGACUUGGGAUCCGUAUAUAAUUUUAAAGGCUCGUGAUAUCAUUGUACUUCUAGGAAGAUCAGUCCCUAUUGAACAAGUAAUUAAGGUUCUUAAAGAUGAUGUUACGCAUGAAAUCAUAAAGAUUCGCAACAUGGUUCGUAAUAAAGACAGAUUUGUCAAACGAAGACAAAGGUUAAUUGGUGCGAAUGGCACUACACUGAAAGCCCUCGAGUUACUGACAAGCUGUUAUGUGCUUAUUCAAGGUGGAACAGUUGCUGCCAUUGGGCCUCACAAAGGAGUUCAGCAGGUGGUUCGUGUAGUAACUGACACAAUGAGGAACAUUCAUCCUGUGUAUCUGCUUAAGGCUCUCAUGAUCAAAAGGCACUUGGUACAAGACCCAAAUCUUAAGCAUGAAGAUUGGUCGAAGUUUAUACCCAAAUUUACACCCAAGAAUGUACCUAGGAAGAAACCAAAAGUGAGGAAACUGAAGAAACCCUAUACUCCGUUUCCACCAGAUCCUACAGAAAGGAAAAUUGACAAACAAAUGGCAGAAGGCAAGUUUUUCAUUGAAAAGAGUGAAAGAAAGUGGUCCAAGAAAAGAAAGCCCACAGAAGAAGAGAAGAAAGAGAGUACUGAUAGGCAGAGGGAAAAAAGAGCUAAAGCAUUUAUAGUACCUGAAGAGCCCAAGUACAAGCCCAAUGUCCCUGAAGUUAACUCUCAAGUUGAUAUAAAAUCACUCAAAAUGAAAGUAAAAAAUAGUAAAAAGAAAUGAAUGGUAUUUUUUGUUGUGCAUAUACUUUAUUAAUUAAUUCUGUGUUGUGGAAAUAACUAAGAUUGUUCCUCUAUGUGAUGUUUGAAUAAAAGUUUUAUACAAGCUAA